ACACAGUGUUUGACAAAUGGAUUGAAAGUAUGAAUCAUUCAGUCAUUCAUUAUUGAGAUUAUGUUUACGUUUUGAUCGCAAAAACAGUCAAACAAUUCGUGAUUUAAUUAUUGAUUCAAUUAUUGUCGACACGAAUGAAGACUCAGUCAAUACAAUCCAUACACUCAACACAUUGUCCAUCACUUCCACUCACUCUUUGACCACUCAGUCGUGAACAGAGCGUUGAAUUACAGGACAACACAACCAGUGAUGCAAAACCAUUCAAAUCAGUUGAUCUCGUCGUCCAGCGGUUCCCACCGAAGAGUGGCCUCCAAUUCGUCCAACUCUUCGGCAAACAAUAUGAACGCCAGUAAUAGAGAGCCACUGAAGCCGUUAUCGUUGGCCGAGUGUGUGGCCGAAGGCUGUCCGCCGCCCACUCUUGUGCUCAAUGACAAAGUGGUCUGGAUUUCAGACAACGGCCCGGAGUUCGGGUGCGUUAAAUGGUUGGGCAAAUUGCCAGACGUGGGCACCGAUUGGAUGGCAGGCGUGGACUUCGCGAACGCCGUCGGGUCGGGAACCGGUCUAUACAACGAUCAUCAGCUCUUCGAGACGCGUCUGAAUCACGCGUCACUCGUCCCUGUGAUCGGACUCAUGAAAGCUCACGACUAUUUGGGCGCAAACCAGCCGUCGGGCCAUCACUUCGCCCAACACAACAGUCCUGUGCCUCAAAAGCCCCGGCGGACCAAAUCGGGCAAAAAGGACGACGAGAAGAGGGCCCACACGCCCUCCGCCGCCGCCCACAAGACGAUGUCCGGCGCGGAAGCGAAUCCAAUUGAAUCUCAUUCCGUGACCAUCGCUGAAGUGAAUAAGUUGUCGCACGGAAACAGCUAUAGCUCUAUGAUAGCCAACAGCUCAUCCAAAGCUAAACCAAUUAACUCAUCGAUUGUGUCCAUCACUAACACAUCCAACCACUCAUUGCCCUCAUAUUCGACGGCCGAGUCGUUGUUAAACACCGCAAGUCUUUCCUCACAUUUGCCCGAAAAGCAGCUGAAAAUUCCCGACAGAGAAGCUCUCCAUUCGUAUAACAAUUGUCUGUCGGACGAGUCGAUCGUUGGACUCAACUCCCAGACCAAUGGGUUGAAUGGUCACGACUUCGAGAUCGGUUCGGUUGUCGAGUUGAAUAUCGAUGACAUCUCCCGAUACGGUGUCGUCAAAUGGAUCGGACCGUUGUCUGUGAACGAUGGCCACGAUUUGGGCGAUUGUCUGAUGGCUGGCAUUGAAUUGGAAGAAGAAGUGAACGGCUUAUCGGACGGCACUUAUAACGGGAAACGAUAUUUCGAUUGCGCGCCCAAAAAGGGUUAUUUCGUGAAACUCAGUCACUGUCUAAAAGACAGUCGUUUCGCGUCGAUGUCUGAGCGCCGAAGGAGUGCUCUCUUCGGAAGCAUUGACUGCCCGACAGUGACCGGAGACGUACCGCCGCUGAGCACUAGCGACGACUUGCAGUCGCUGUGCGGCAAAAAUCGCGGCAUUCAGGGACACCACAACUCCUGCUAUUUGGACGCAACCCUAUUCUCGAUGUUCUCGUGCACCACAAUCUUCGAGUCACUGCUUCAUCGGCCGCCGCGCGGCGACGACAUACCCGAGUAUAAGGAAGUGCAACGAGUGCUCAAAGAGGAGAUCGUUAACCCUCUUCGGGCCAACCUUUACGUUAGAGCCGAUCGAGUGAUGCAUUUGCGGACACUUCUCGAGAAAAUCAGUUCCGUUCGCGGACUGACCAGCGAAGAGAAAGAUCCAGAAGAAUUUCUAAACCUUUUACUCAAUGAGAUAUUAAAGGCUGAGCCGUAUCUAAAGCUAAGCUCCGGUUUGGAGUCGUUUUUCUACCAACUCUUCGUCGAGAAAGACGAAAAACUAACGCUUCCGACAGUUCAGCAACUGUUUGACCAGUCAUUCCUGGCGUCAGACAUAAAGCUACGAGAAGUGCCGCCGUGUCUACUCAUACAAAUGCCACGAUUCGGGCGACAGUUUAAAAUGUAUCCCCGAAUCGUUCCGAGCCUUUAUCUGGACAUCACUGAUGUGUUGGACAACAGUCCGCGACAGUGCGCUAUAUGUGGACAAUGCGCUGAAUACGAGUGCAAAGAAUGCUUCGGUCUGUUCGGCGAGGGUCUCGACAGUACAGCCUUUUGUGGCAAAUGUGUCGAUAAAAAUCAUUCACAUAAGAAGCGAAGCAAACACAAGACCACCAAACUGUCGAUUCCGGCCGAGUUUCAUAUGUUGAAAGAGCACUCACAGGUGCCCCGCAUUUACAUGGAGUUAUUCGCUGUCUUAUGCAUCGAAACCAGCCAUUACGUGUCGUUCGUGAAGUGUGGGUCGGGACCGGACAGCCCGUGGUGUUUCUUCGACAGUAUGGCCGACCGCAAGGGCGAACAAAACGGCUAUAAUAUCCCAGAAGUGGUAUCGUUCCCAGACUUAAGGUGGUGGCUCAGCGAAGAGGGAACUGCUUUCCUAUUGAACACAAAAGACGACAAAAUGUUGCCCGAAAUGCCGAGACGUCUCUUCUCUGACGCCUACAUCUGUUGGUACGCAUCGGAUGUGUUGCGAUACCGUUGAGCACAUCUCUACACAACCCAUACAUCCUUGUAAUCAUUAUAAGCCUUUCACUACAAUUAAUUGCUCGUAUUAUUAAUACAUAUAAACUAUUAUUUUGAUGCUCUUUUGUCACGCAAUCAAACACUUUGUAUAAAUCUCUACUCAGAACUCACUUUUCUCAAUGCAUAACCAAAAUCGAGAGUAACUUAUAGUUGAGUCGAGAAACUGUUUCGUUAAAUCACUUCUUAGUUUGAAACAAAUUUUACGCAUAUUUUUGGGCAACUUUUAGGUUAUGUUUUUCAUAAAUCUAUUAUUAGA